GCGCGAAUUCGGAGCUCACACGUGUACGCACAACUGCAAUCGUCCCAAUCUAUUGCCACAUACAUAAGGACCUGGCCACCAACAGAAAACCUUGGCACCUACCGUACCCAAGAGGAAACAGGAUGGGCUUGUUGUCUGCGUCGCUCAUCAGGGGGGUCAAGUUGCAGAGCUAUCGUCGUCGGACAUGUAAUAAUCAUCGUGCCACCACCACUACGCGGCUGUCAUUGGUCGUGGUACGACUUUUGACUGCCUUUUCUGUUGCCGCGGCAUGGUUGCUCUACCUCUACUCAUUGCGGACGGAAGGACGCCACACAGCUCCGUCCAAUGGUUUUGCCCGCAGACGGUCCGAUUCCAUACUGCUGCGGCGGGUGCGAAACGCUCGAACGCUCGAAAACCAAAGUUCCAAUGUCGAUAACGAAUUGGGGAACCGGUACAACAGCCAUACGCAGCAGUCGAAUCGCAAUGGCACAACCGUCACCUUCAUUUCCGAUUUGUGGCGGGAAGAUACGCAAGAUCCUGACGUUCAGGCAGCAGAAUCGCGUCAAUCCACUUCUGAAACGGGAUUACAUCCCGCCGACCACGGCCUGGGUUCCGGAAGAUCGUUCCCCCCUACCGGUAUGGAAGUUUCGGAAUCUGAUCCCAGCAGCAACCAAUGGGAACAGGGCGGUAAUGGUCUGAACGUCAAAUCUGAUACUGCCGAUUGUCCUUUAGUAGUCAACUUUGUCGCAGUUUCCAGCCAUGGUGACGUCGUAGCGGUUGGUUCUGCUCGUAACGACGAGUGCCAUGACAAUGUGUUUUUCCCGUACGCAUUUACUACUCAAGAAACAACAUGGCUUCAGGAGCAACGGCGACAACCUGCGCCAAAAUCUCCAAACAAGGUUGCAGCAGAAACGGAUCCUCAUUCACAUGACACCGCGGCCUCCCAGAGUUUCCAGCCCAAAAUUUGGAACCAAAUUUCUGUGGGACACCCUCCAAUUAUUACGUGUCAAGACGACAACACGGACGCUCCAAUCCAGGCACGGGACAACUGUGGCGUCACUACAGCUACAGUUACAAGCAGCGACAGCACGCCACCGCCCAUCGGGCCUUCUGAGUUUGAUAUAGUAGGCGAGGGUACUGGCUGGCAAGUUGAAAUGAUGUUCUCUGGUCGCACACUUCCAAUUCACCGCGGAACGACCUGGGUAGACCGUCAAGAUCAGUCGCCGCUGGAAGGAUUCAGGGGCAAUGCAACAAUCAUCGCACCAAGAGGAGACUGUUAUAGAUACACCAUGUCUUCCGAUGGGUCACGUUCAGCGGCUCAGAACCCGACUGAUGACUUCUCCAUCUCAUGUCCUCCAUGGAGAGGCGACCAUGCCAGCACUCCCGAGCACAACGACCAAGUCGAAAGCGUGGGCCAGGGGGCCUUUUUGUCAUCAGAUCCAGAUCAUCCUUUUGACAUUGCAGGCUUUGGAAUUGCCAUUGGCACCAACCUAUUAUGCUCCUGGAGCGAGGACAAUGACGGUACCGCCACAUGCCUAGGAGAAGGCAACAUCGACGACAUGUCGGAACAUGAUGUAACCUUGCAAAACAUGGAAAAGCUUCAACAAGACGUGGAUACAACAGUUAUGGGGAUUGCAGUUGCCUUAUCCAACGAACAUGGGAGUGACCUAGCUAAUGAUAGUGAAAAUCCAAUAUCGAAUGUUCAAGCCAACAAUGAAAACAACAAAAGCGGCACAACUGCCAGUCCCGCUCACGGGGAGGAUCCAGCCAAGUCUCACGAGUCCUCCUCGUCGUCACACACAUCAGAGCAUGCUGCGGCAAUACAGUCCUGUGGUUUUGAGCCUACACCUAACAACUCUACGCCUUCUGGUGAUGAUGGUUUCAACAGUGUACAUGCGAUGCUUGCCACUGCAAAGCUACAGAUUACGGUUUGGCUGUCCGAUGCGUGGGAGUCCCUGCAUUCGUUCUUCGAUUGAAUCAUUCGAUCCGAUGCAGCUUUUGCUAGCUACUAUUUAAUAGCUAGACAGUUCCUGGCUUGUUUCGCUCUUCUUCCUGCAAAACAAGCCCACAGCCUUGGAACCAUUGUCCUCCGAUCAAGCCUUUUCAGCUUCCCUCCUUGUCACACUUCCGCCUUGCUCAUCCUUGAUUGUCUAACUAUAACUAAAUGAAAGCCAAUGGAUGAUUGCAACAUUGCA